AUGAUACGACAAAGAAAAGCAAGUAUUGUCAGAGUUCGACGUUAUCAACGAUCACUUGAUAAUAGCCGUAUAUAUCCAUCAAUUAAAAAGAAACGAUCGAAUACUGCUAUUCAUAUUACCAUAGGAUCAUCGCGGCAAAUUCGUCCGACUAAGAACAAUUUACAUUCGAUCUCAGAUACAGAAAGAAAAAAAUCUAUUACGACAAAUAAAUCAUCCGAACAUUUUGUUAGUGUUACCAACAUAAAUCGCCAACAUCGUUCUCGUUUACAAUCAAAUGGAAAUAUCAUUGGAAGUGAUAGUUCAACAAAAAGAUCCUCAUUACGAACUAAUGACACUGCAAACACUAGUCAUCAUUCAAAACAUUCUAGAACAACUCAUCACGAAAAUGCAACUACUGAUUAUAGCACGAGUAUAAAGGAUCGAUCAGAUCAAAAAGGUAUGACGCAAGAUUAUCAUCGGAAAUGUAAAAAGAAUAAAAAGACAAAAUGUUCACGUCGAUGUAUGAUUAUGUCUUUACUUAUUACUGUACUUCUUAUCUUGAUCAUUGGUAUUAUUCUACUUGUUCUCUUAAUUAAACCUAAACAAGUAAUAACACCAACAAACAUGCCCAUACUUCGUUGGAACUCAACAGGCGUCACUGUCGCUGGAGUAAGUGGAAAUGCAAGUUCUGGUAGCAAUUAUUUGAAUAGACCGUUUGAUGUAACAUUGGACUACGCAAAUAAUCUCUACAUUGCUGAUCGAUAUAAUAACCGAAUUCAAAAAUAUUUAUUCGGUACCACCAACAUUACGACUGUGGCUGGAGAUGGAACACUCGGUCCAUCUUCAUAUCAAUUACAUUAUCCAUCACGUGUAAUAUUUGACACCAAUGGAAAUCUUCUUGUAACAGAUUCAGCGAAUCAUCGAAUUCAGUUGUGGCUUAGUGGUGGUAUUUCGGGAACAACAAUUGCAGGCGUGACAUAUUCUGCAGGAAACUCCAGUACUCAGUUAAAUACUCCAUAUGGUAUCGUGUUGAAUCCAAUAUCAGGUGCACUUUAUAUAUCGGAUUCCAUGAAUCAUCGUGUCGUCUCUUAUGCAUCCGGUGCUAAUUCUAGUACAUUAUUAUUGGGUGGUAAUGGGGCAGGUGCAUCUAAUAUACAAUUAAAUAAUCCUGUAGGCUUACAUUUUGAUUCAUUCACAAAUAGUUUGAUCAUUGCCAAUUUUGGUGGUAAUAAUAUUGUUCAAUAUGUAUUAGGCGCGAAUAACUGGACACUUCUUGCUGGUGAUAUUAAUGGAGUUUCAGGAAUGACAUCAACAACUUUCAAUGCUCCUACUCAAGCAGUAUUUGAUCCUAUGGGUAAUAUGUAUGUUGCUGAUAGAAAUAAUCACCGUGUUCAGUUCUUUUAUAAAGGACAGUUAAAUGGCACAACUAUUGCCAGUGUAACAAGCACAAGUGGUAGUAGUGCCACUACACUCAAUACGCCUUGGUCUUUGAAACUUGAUAAUCAACUUAACUUGUAUGUGGCAGACGCACUUAAUCAUCGAAUACAAAAAUUCUCACGUUAUUAA